AUGUGGCAAUCACGCGCAUACGAGUACCUUCUCGAUGAAGAGAUCCGGAAUGGACGUGAUCCUGGAUUAACAGGCGCAGUCGCUGACGACGAGCUAAGAAUGGACUUUUUGCAACCGUGCGAGGUUGCGUUGACCUGUUGGUUGGAUGAUGGGAUCUCAGUCAUUUUGGACACUAAGUCAGACAUCAUUCGAAUCAUUGAUGAAUCUGAGCCACCGGAAAAUGACUUUCGGGAAGAAAGUGUGGCUCAUAAUGCUCCCACCUAUCUCCAGAACGUCAUCGAUGACAUUCGGAAUUUAGAGGUUGUGUAUUUUCCCGGUGGAGAAAUUGGCUAUAUUCACCUACCUGGGUCGUGGGAGCAGAUUGAAGUGAGGCGGGUUCUGACCGAGGACUUUGGUUGGGGGACGGAAGAGUUCCGGGAGGAGGAAUGGCGUCAAGAGGGAGAGGAGAUUUGUAAAGCGAUUGGGGAUGAAGGGCUGGAUAGGGCAGAGAACCCCGAAGCUUGGUCUAGUUGA